GCUGCCGGGCGGUGCGGCGGCUCCCGGGGGAGGAGGCCAGGGCUGCCGAGGGCUCGGCGGCGGCUCCUCAGCCCCGCGCAGGGGCCGGGCGCUGCCACGGCCCUGGUGCGAGCGGAAGGAAGCCUCGGCGCGGGGCUGAGCCCGCACAGGCUGAGUGAGGGAAGGGGCCGGGGUGGAAAUUUACCGGGGCGGCCCGCAGCAAGAGCAGGCGGGAGGCGGAGGGAGGGGAGCAUCGCCUCGCCUCGCCUGGCGGGCAGAGCGAAGGACCAAAUGCCCGUGAGGAAGGGCGGCAGCAGUCACCGCCGAGAGAGGAGCCAGCCGCGGCGCAGCCCCCGGGAGGAGCCCGGCCGGGCUGCGAUGGCCGCGGGCAGCCGUCGCCGGCCGGGCCGCCGGGCAUAAGGCGGCGAGGCUGGGCGGCCCCCGCACGGCGAGGGCCUGAUGCAGGAGCGCAGCCCGGCGCCGCGGCGGCGCUGCGGGAGGAGGAGGAUGGCGGGGCUGGCGUGGAAGUGGCCGCGCACCCGCCUGCCCGUGGGGGCCAGCGCCCUGGGCGUCUUCGUUCUCUGCUGGCUCUAUGUCUUCCCCGUCUACCGGCUGCCCGACGAGAAGGAGAUCGUGCAGGGAGUGCUGCUGCAGCAGGGCAAGGCGUGGAGGAGGAACCACACUGCGGUCGCCGGCUUCAGGAAAAUGCUGGAAGACUGCUGUGACCCUGUGCAGCUCUUUGUGAUGACAAAGCUGAACUCCCCCAUGGGAAAGAACCUCUGGUUUGAUGGGGAAUUUUUGUAUUCUUUCACCAUUGACAAUACAACUUACUCUCUCUUCCCACAGGCUACACCCUUCCAGCUGCCACUGAAGAAAUGCUCUGUGGUGGGAAACGGUGGGAUUCUCAAAAAGAGCGGCUGCGGCAAACAAAUAGAUCAAGCAGAUUUUGUCAUGCGGUGCAACCUUCCUCCACUGUCCAGCGAAUACAGCAAGGAUGUUGGAACAAAAACCCAGCUGGUGACUGCAAAUCCCAGCAUAAUUCAGAAAAGGUUCCAGAAUCUGCUUUGGUCUCGAAAAGCAUUUGUGGACAGUGUGAAGGUGUAUAAUCACAGCUACAUCUACAUGCCAGCCUUCUCAAUGAAGACAGGGACAGGACCCUCCCUACGUGUCUACUACACCCUGGAGGACUUCGGUGCCAAGCAGGCAGUGCUUUUUGCCAACCCCAAUUUCCUGCGUGACAUUGGCAAGUUCUGGAAGAGCAAAGGUAUCCAUGCCAAACGGCUUUCCACAGGGCUUUUCCUAGUCAGUGCCGCCCUUGGUCUGUGUGAAGAAGUAACAAUUUAUGGCUUCUGGCCAUUCUCAGUGGACCUGCACGGGAAGUUUAUUAGCCAUCAUUACUAUGACAAUGUUUUGCCUGAUUCUGGAUUUCAUGCCAUGCCGGAGGAAUUUCUACAGCUCUGGUUCCUUCAUAAAAGUGGUGUACUGAGAAUGCAGCUAGAACAAUGUGAGGACCCUUUAGUCCCAUCUUCUGCCUAAGGAUUGUAGCAGUCAGUUUGGAACAUCCAACAGUUUUAAUUUCCAUGCUCUCCAAGAGAGAGUUCUGUUUUUCUGUUGAUUCUUUUUAAAGGGAAAAUAAUCAAGGAUCUGCAUGGACCAUACAAAUGCUACUUGAAAGCCAAAUGGAAUACGUCCUUAAUGUAUAGUGUUUUAUGGAACACUUUAUGGGGUGGGGGGCAACAAAUCUCUCCAUCAAUUCCAUUCAGCAGUAUUGUGAAAAUAAUGUCAUAAACGAUACAGCUGAACUUUCUGGGUGAUAUUUUUAAAUGAUCAGUGUAAAAAUGGCAUUAAGGCUCGGAGAGAAACAGGGCCACCCACAAGCUUUUGCUGACAGUGCCAAAUAUGACUGUCUGUACAAAAAUCCAUUUCAUUCCAGAUUGGCUCCUCAUACAACUUCCCUUUUUUUUCUUUACUGUGUGUGUGGAGUGGAUUGGGGGGCAGGGGUGGCUCAAGAGCAAAGUGUGUGUGUUGUCAGAUUUCUUUGUUUCUUUCUUUUUACAUUUUUUUGUUUUCCAAUGGAAGAAAGGAGAAAGGUGUGAAAGCCAGAGGAGCUGAGUACCAUCAACUCCUCCAAAAACUUGGGAGAGUGAAGGGUGUCAAGAAUCUGGUAGAAGAAUGUCCUGGGAAUGCCCUGCUACUGAGAAUGGAUGUACCUCCCUGUUGUAGGCUUUAUCAGGAUAUUAAGGCCAUUGCACUUAUAGCUAUGCUAAUGCUAUGCUAUGGGAAAGAGCUGGCUAAGGGAAAUUGGUUUGAAAAUAAAACUUGUGUUACAAAAGCAGAAGUGAAGUGCAACCAGAUUUCAGUUGACCUGCAACAAGAUUUCAACAGUGACUUUUGUAGCAGGGAUUGUUCCUGGCCUGUUUUGCUGUCCAGCCUUUGGGAUUAAUUUUGUAUUCAUUUGGACUCCAGAUGUUCACUGACUAUCAAGGGGAUUUGAUGCGUUUAGUGGAAUGCAGAAUGAGGUUCUCCAUGUGCUUAUAGCAGAAAAACUGCAGAAAUGAAUGUGUUAUUUAAAAUGAGCUGAAACUUUGAAAAUCCUUUCUCUUUGUGCAACUAGCUCUUCUGUUUGGACUGUAACAUUAGCCUUAAAGACUUGUACUUUUCUUGCAAGAUUUUCUCUUGUUAAAGAGAGUCUGAAAAAUAAAACAGCCUUUGGGAGCACUGAAAAAAUACAUAGCCAGCAAGAAAAAAGAUACAAACAAAAAAUACACAAGGAAAAGGCAGGCAUUUACAUAAUGCUGCCUUUCUCCUCGCAGUCAGUGAGUUACAUAAGUGUGCACAUUGCACUCUGGCAGCUCCGGUCAGUGCAGUGCUUAAAGGACUGUUUUAUUUUUGGGUAUUACUUGGACAGCGGAUGAUCCUAUUGCCAUGUAAAUGAGAAAUCUUUUGGUUUGUUUGCUUUGGUUUAGCACUGUAGGACAAGAAGAGAAAACCAGUUCAGUCCACAGUGCUAUUUCAGCUGCAAGAUGCUAUCACCAUUAACUUUAAAAUCCAAACGAAUGUUUUCUUUCUUCUACUUCUAUCAUUAGUAGCUGAAAUUCUAGUCAAAGUGUUGAAACAACAAAACUAUCAUCAGGUUUCCACAAUUUCCUCUGCUACCUGUUUUAGCUCCAAAAUGCUAGUUUUUUGGGGGGCUUGGUUCCUUGUAGACCACCAGCUGCAAGUUAUAUAGAUAUAAUUAAAAAAAAAAAAAAAAGAAAGAAAAAACCUUGGCUCUUCUUUAAAUACGAAUAAUUUGACUAUCUCUGUAGGACACUGAAACAAACAAAAAAUACUGUUUUGCUUUUUAAAUGUGUUUCAGAAUAAAAUCUUUCUAAAUAUGAAUAUUCCAAGCUUAAAGUGGGCAUCGUUCCACAGGAUUACAGUGCAGUUCUAAACUGCAAAGUAGAGAUUUGGAUUAAAUGCUGGUUUAGAGAUUGUUCUGAUAAAA